CCGAGUGGAGGCAGUGUGUGUUGGAACGCCGUUCUGGAAAGAGCACACACACACACACACGUACACUCACUCUCACUGUAGCCUCCAACUGUUCCUAUCUGCGCCGUUCAGACUUUCCUCCACUUUUACCACUGUGUCACCGGGUUAAAGUGUCACUCUGAAGUACAGUACUGCUUGCGCUCUUCUCUUUCUCUAGCGCGGAGGACCUCAUCACCUGUGCGCACACGGAACAGGAACAUUACGCACGUCGAAUCGGCGCGUCCUCGCGCGUGAGCAACAUCUGGAUUAAAGCAGAUGCUGAGUCGCAGAAAAUCAGAAAUCCCAACAGGGCUACGUGAUCCUGACCGAAAACAACUAUGCUCAUAUCACGCCGGACUCUUGGUCAGUCUUUGCUGAAUCUGAUGGAUUAAGGAACAGCGCUGAGGAGUGUGUGAGAGAGAGAAAGAGAGGGAGAGAAAGAGGAAUAGAAAGUGAGAGAGAGAGAGAGAGAGAGAGGGGAAGAGAGCGCACACGGAGCGGUGCAGCAGAUGGUGGGAUUAGUUGAGUAGUGCUGGAGGAUCUGAGGGAGCCUGGUGCUGUGCAGGGAGUGAUAAACGCUUUGAGGAUGAUUAAGAAACAAAAGCAGAAGACCUUUACACAAGUUCUGCUACUCAUCUGCAUGCUCACCCUCUUGCUAUCACCGAUCCACAUCGCAGGACAUAAAGCAGUUCACCAUGUCAGGACAGGAACAUGUGAAGUUGUAGCAUUACAUCGAUGCUGCAAUAAGAACAAAAUCGAGGAACGCUCUCAGACCGUCAAAUGCUCCUGCUUUCCGGGACAAGUGGCUGGAACCACACGAGCAGCACCGUCCUGUGUAGAUGCCUCCAUAGUGGAGCAGAAGUGGUGGUGUCAGAUGCAGCCCUGUCUGGAUGGAGAGGAGUGUAAAGUCCUGCCUGAUCUUAAAGGCUGGAGCUGCGCCACAGGGAACAAGAUCAAGACAACAAAGAUCUCUUCUGACCGGGAUCAGCUUUGGUAGCGGAUGGAAACUAGAUACAGGUUGAUUGAGUCGGAGAUCUGUCUGGAGGCUCCUCAUCGUUGCCCGUGGAUCUGAUCUGUGUAAAGACUGUUUUGUAACAGACACAGAGCAAAGCAGUGAAGGUUAUCCCAGGCACAUCAGUGGCACGAGCACAUCUGGACGCCGUUCUGUACUUCAGCUUUAUAAAGCUUGUUGUGGAUUUCUGUAGUUGCGUAUUGCUUGCCGUUUUUUGGACUCAUGGCUCAGUUACAGACUUUCCUUUAUACGGAUCCACAUGGAUCUGAGUGUGACGACCAUUUUGCCUCAAGAGUACAGUACAGUUAUUUAGUUUAGCUUAUGAAUGCAAAUAGACUUAAGGAUUUUAAAAAUUGGCAAUGUAAAAGCACUAAGCUGCAUAAGAUUCCGAUAUUUGUGAACUUUGUUUGUGUAGAUCAGAGAGCCUAGAAGAUCCAAUAUGAAUGUUUAUAUAAGCCUUUAACUCUGCACCAUUAAAAAUAAAAAUAAAAAAAGCUAUAGAAUUAAAAAAAAAGGUUGUUGCUUGUUUUUGUUUUUGUUUUGUUUUUUUACAUACUGUAUGUAUAGUUGCAAAUGCUUCCUCAUAUGUACUGUAUAUCGGGAACAAAAUGACUCUAUAAUAAACCACAUUUGUCUUUCAA